UUUCAGCCUGUAUUCAGAGCGCUCCACCUCGGACAUUCAAUACAUCCUGCAGUCAAGGAUGUCAUCUGUGUGCGUUUGAAUUUCACUGAUAUGACAGCGAGCCCAUUUCCUCUCCCAGCAUGACUGCAGCGAUGUGCCUCAUUCGCGUCCUGGUGCUCCUGUCAGCAGUGACAGUUUGCAGUGGCGGCAGCACUCCCUCUGGAGCGACAACGGAGGCUCCCACAAGCGCCGCACACCUCACCACUCCAGCUACAUUCACCACUGCGCAAACCGCCACCAGCACGCCACAGCUUCAGACAACAAUACCCAAAACACAAAAGACUACCAGAGCAGUCACUUCAGCCUCAGCUUCAGCACAAACAUCCGACAGGACGGAGAGGACUGAGCCCAGCACGCGCUCUAUGAACACAACAACAGUGCAGACAUCAGAGGAGGUUACUCGACGUUCCACACUUUCAGCUGCAUCAAACUCGACGGAUGUUCCUGUUGCAGCUACACAAACAAACACAACUAACUCAGCUCCUUCACCAGACUGGGAAAAGAGCGACUUGCUGGCAAACCCCGGCCUUGUGGCUGUAAUUUGCAUGUUCUGUUUCAUCGUUGCGCUUAUGAUGGUGGUCGCCGCAGUAAAAUGUAUUCAGUCACCCAGAGCCAACUUUGAGCGGCUGGAAGAUGUGCCCCUGGGCAAAGUGAGUGAGGAUUCUCCCUUUGCUAACUACUCAAAAUGAAACAGCGUUUCGCAUCAGGCACCAACUUCCAGCAGGACGACAGAAUGCUGCACAACUCUGCUGUGUCUGCACAGAAAAACCCACAGACAUGUUGUCUCGUCCAGCAGCAAGAGCCACUUUAGGCACACAAAGGGAGAAUGUUCUGGGUUUUUUUUCAUGCUCAUUCCUCUUUACAUUCCACUUUUGUCAACGCCCGUGGGAAAUUUCUGCCUCAGAUUUUUGCCCAACUUUUGUUUUACUUCAACUCAUUUAAUUUUUGAAACCUGACAAGUCUUGCAAUGAUGCUUGGCAACUGAGAAAAUCAACCUACAUUUAUUUUAUGUUACAAGUUAAGUGAAUAGCUUGAAGUGAUACAGAAAUUACAGGCUGGAAAAAAGUAAUACUGCUCGCACCUGAAAAUUAAUGUACAAUUCAAAAUCUUACAAAAAGGGAACAAGAAAAAGGUUAAAACUUAAAGCUGUUCUGGAGCAACGGGAGGUUGGUCCAGCCUUGAAAGUGACUGAUUCUAAUAGGUGUUCUAUUUUUUCUGUUUUACUUACAAUCCCCAAAGCUUCCUUUGACACAAAUUAGUACGAUACCCUUGUGAACAUCAACUGAGUAUUGUAAUGUAGAAAGUUGUGUAUUCCUAUAAAAAUUACGAAAAAAAGGCAACAAAAAAAUGGAAAAAAGCCAAUCAUAAAACUUCGAAAUGUAGGCUUUUCCUACAGAGAAAUUGCUAAGAAAAUCAAAUUAGGGACAACAGUUUUCUUUACCAUCACUUUCCUUUGCAAUUAUAGACACAUGUGCACACAUUUAUGAUGUGAAUCUUCAAGCUGAAAAUGGUAAACCUUCACAUACAGCGAGAUGCAUGUAAAUGCAUGUAUGUCUGUGUUUGUGUAAAAAAACAAAAAACAAAAAACAAACAAAAAAAUAUGUGUGUGUGUGUGUACACACACACACACACACACAC